AUGACUCCGAGAAAAUGUCAACAAAGUAUCGCUUUUUGCUUCAGAGGUAUUAUGGAACGAGGGGCUGCGUUCGUACUGCUGGAGCCCGUUGAUUAUGUUGACGAACAGGCUAUCCACAAGCGAAUGACCUCAUGUGGCUUUAAAAACAUCUCUAUUACUGAUGUUACAAAAGAAUGCAAAGCUGCUGAAUCCGCUUUCUAUAGCGAUCAUAAUUUGCGUGUGGACUCUUCUAUCUGCUACUAUGUGCUCAUAAAUGCCUCACUUUGA